AUGCCAUUUUUGUGUCAAAAAAAAGUCAAGCAGACCGAAAGAGCCUUACUGGAUGCUAGAAUCUUCAAGAUCCCAGUGAUGCCAGUCCUUCAGUCUGUAUUCUACAAACUCUAUGUGCGAUGGAGAGAAUUGCAAAUCCUGCUUCUUAACCAGUUGUUUGGUCUCUGGGCUUCCUUUGAUCGGCGUCAUCGAGUUAGUGAUGAUUGGUUCAUCAUCACUUAUUUUGUCAGAGCGGUACUUCAUUAUGGCUAUUUAGUGCUUUCUCAUAGAUUGAAUUAUUGGUACACCUUUGAAAAACAAGUUAAAAAGCAUCCAAACUCGAAGGCCCUAGUAUACGUCUCCCCUGCCAUCAUCAAGGGUGAUCCAAGUGAUUUAUCAAGCCCUCAAUUCAAUAUCGAGACAUAUACAUACCAAGAACUUUACGAUAUUGUUCUUCGACUCUCGUAUAUCCUUGUUAACGAAUAUAACAUCAAGCCAGAUGACAGUAUUGGGAUUGGGAUGCACAAUAGGCCAUUAUUUGUAUUUUAUUGGUUUGCUCUUUGGAACAUCGGGGCUAAACCAGCAUUUCUCAAUUAUAACGUUGCCUCACAUCCUUUAGCCCAUAGUAUGAAAGUAUCUGAAAUUUGUCAGGCCUUCAUUGAUGAAACAACAAGAAAGGGAGUUUAUUUUAAUGAAGAUGGCUCUGAAUCAGCCACUCUAAAGCUCAUUAAUUCUGAGAUUCCAGAUCUCAGCAUUAACUUUGUUGAUGAAUCAUCAAUUCUUGCGCGCAUCACUUCCCAAGAUUCUUAUCAGUUCCGUCUUCCGGACAAUCUUCGUAACUAUUCCGAUAAGUCAUGGUCACCUGGCUGUUAUAUUUUCACUUCAGGCACGACAGGUCUUCCAAAAGCUGCUAUUAUGAGUUGGCGUAAAAUUGACUUGGGAGCCUCUCUAUAUGGGAGAAUUGUGCGAAUCAAUGACAAAUCAACUGUGUUCUCUGCUAUGCCAUUAUAUCAUUCGACUGCUUCAAUUCUAGGCCUCUUGCCGACACUUACUCAAGGUGGAUGUAUCGCUAUUACUGACAAAUUUUCAGCUCGCAAUUUUUGGUACCAGGCAAAAGUCUCUGGAGCUUCUCACAUCCAAUAUGUUGGCGAAAUUUGCCGUUAUUUACUAAGUCGCCCUCCUAACCCGGCGAUUGAAACAACUCACAACGUGAAAGUCGCCUAUGGGAAUGGUUUACGAAAAGACAUUUGGGGUCUGUUCAAAGAACGAUUCCAUAUUGAUGCCGUGGGUGAGUUUUUUGCUUCCACGGAAUCUCCGAUUGCCACCACUUCAUUUCAAUAUGGUGAUUUUGGAAUCGGGGCGUGUCGUAAUUAUGGUACGUUUAUCAAUUUUAUACUUUCUUUCCAACAAAGGCUUGUGAAGAUGGAUUCAGAAAAUCCUGAUGAAAUUUAUCGUGAUCCAAAGGAUGGGCUCUCUCGUGAGCCGAAGGUUGGCGAACCAGGUCAACUUCUAUUCCGUAUCAUGAAUUCUAAAUCUACCUACAAAGACUUUCAAGGAUAUAAAAAUGAUUCUAGUGAAACGAGCAAGAAAAUUGUCACCAAUGUUUUCCGCAAAAAUGAUUGCUGGAUGAAAACUGGGGACCUACUACAAAAGGAUUCUUAUGGAUUAUUUUAUUUUGUGGAUAGAUUGGGUGACACUUUCCGUUGGAAAAGUGAAAAUGUCAGUACCAACGAAGUGGAAAUACAAUUCAACGAGCUGGGAUUAGUUGAAAAUGCUGUUGUUGUGGGUCUCAAGGUGCCAGGUUAUGAAGGUCGUGCAGGCUACGUGAUUUUGAAACCAAAUCUUGAACUCAUUGAAAAGAUUGAAAAGGAGGCCGGAAAGGCAGAUGAUUUAAUCCCUCAUAACACAUUUACGAGUGAGAUGUUGAAAACAUUGGCUCACCAUGCCCAAACGCAUUUACCUAAGUAUGCUGUUCCUGUGUUUGUGAAAAUUGUGAAACAAUACAAAACUACGGAUACUCAUAAGAUCAUCAAGAAUUACUAUAAGAAUGAGGAGUUUUAUGAAAAUGAAACCUGCGGUAAAGAUGGCGAGGAAGUAUAUUGGUUGACCAAGAAUGAGUAUAAGAGACUAACCAAGGCAGACUGGCAAGCUAUUGUGAAAGCUGAUAUUAAGCUAUGA